UCCGUCUAUUCAAAAGUCCAAACACACCAUCUUUAUUGUUUUGAUAAAUCGAAGUCCAAACACGCCAUUGCAGCUCUCGGUGCCCCUCUCAGGGUCUCAGGCACAACCUCAAUCUAUACAUUGAAGCUGGGUUGACCACACCAGCCAUGGCCGGAGGUAACAAGAAACGGUUCACGAAAACCAGGAGCCGAAGACCACCGGGCUAUGCAUCCGGAGCCCUCUUCGUCGACGGCGGUCUUUUAUCCGAUUGGCAAUUGGAAACUCCUCCCAAAGCAAGAAACGCUAGAACUGGGAGUGGGAAUUCAAAGUCUGCGUCGAGAUCUGGAAAUUCUGAUCGAUCGAAAGCUUUUGUUUUCAAAAGCGAGUCUCGACAAGCUAAAGGAAAUGCUAUUCGUUACGCGUACCCUAGUGUUGAUUCUCGGGAAGGUACUAAUCCAAAUGCUGGCAACAAUAGAGAGAACAAUUUGGAUGAGUCUCACCCUAUUGUCUUGGUUGAUUCCAAGGAGUCACAAAUUGUUGCUUAUGUAGACCAAGCGCCAUCUAUGGAACCCCAAAAUGUGGAGUUCACAUAUGAUUAUACUACAGAUAUUACAUUGGAUGAUAACUCUCAUAGGGGAUUGGGGUUUUGUGGUGACGUAGAAGCAACCCCAGGGGGCAAUGGAUCCUCAUCGAAAAAGGAAGAGAAAGAAGGUUCUUGUUUUGAGUCAUCCUUUGAAGAGGAAAUGGAUGCUGAUGUUAGUUUUAUCCCAGAGGUAAGUACUAAAAUGGCUGAUGACUUUUCGGAUAAGACAUCAUCACCAGAGAAAAAUUCGGGGUUUUUGUCCAUUGGAGGUAUGAAAUUAUAUACCCAAGAUAUUUCAGAUGAUGACGAUGAGGAUGACAGCGAAUCAUUGCUUGACGAGGAAAGCUUGGAGUCUUCUGGGCCAGGAGAUUCAACUGGAUCAUGUGAUAGUGAUGGGUCUGAGGACACAUCUGAGAGUGAUUCAGAUAUUGAUGAAGAGGUAGCGCAAGAUUACUUUGAAGGGAUUGGUGGGAGUGACAAAAUUGUAGAUGUUGAGCAGUUGUUGGAACAGGUUCUUGAUGUCUCGGGUGAUGAUGAAAUUUCUGGUGCUAGCUUUGAUGAGACUACGAAGAAGUUGGGUGGGAUUGCUCUUCAGGAUGCAUCUAGGGAAUAUGGUAUGCAUAAACCACGAUCUGUAAGGAAAUACCCUGUAGAGGUUAGCAGAACUAGAGCCUCUACACAUGCUUGUUCAUCUGCUUUGGAUGAUAUUAUGCUUUUAAAGGAUACAAGAAGAGUUCCUGGAAGAAAGAAGCAUGCUGCUCGAUUUCCUCAGUCAUGGCCUUCCGAGGCUCAAAGGAGUAAAAGUUUCCAGAAAUUUCCAGGUGAAAAAAAGAAACAUCGCAAGGAGAAGAUUGCUUUGAAGCGUCGGGAGAGAAUGAUUCACUGUGGCGUUGUUCUUGAGCAAAUAAAUUUGAAAUUACAGCAGAUGGUCUUAGAUGGAGUAGAUAUGCUCUCAUUUCAACCAAUGCAUUCCAGGGAUUGUUCCCAGGUACGACGAUUGGCUGCAAUUUAUCGCCUCCGGAGUGGUUGUCAAGGUUCUGGCAAGAAAGGAUUUGUAACAGUGACACGAACAGAAAAUACCUGUAUGCCAUCUUCUAGCGAUAAACUUCGUCUGGAGAAGCUGAUAGGAGCUGGCAAUGAGGAUGCUGAUUUUACUUUGAAUGAUAUAAAAACAACCAAGGGUGAAAAAAACAACAGUAAGAAGGCUGCAAAGGGUAGUGGCUCGACUCCACGAGAACUGGUACGAUCUGCCAAAAGCAAAUCACUCAAGAACUCCUCCAAUCAUCGUGGCAUUAGUGAAGCAAGCAAAAAGAGGAGUGAGAAAAUGGGCUCAUAUGCUGCUCAGCCUGUAUCCUUCAUCUCAAGCGGUGUAAUGCAACCUGAUGCUGUUGAGAUCAAAACCGUUGAUUCAAAAGAAACAAAUGAUGGUUGCCUUGAAAACAAAGUUUUAGCCACUUCAUCAAGUUAUGGUGCGUUUGAGUUGCACACUACGGGUUUUGGAUCAAAGAUGAUGGCGAAGAUGGGUUACAUAGAGGGGGGAGGGCUGGGAAAGGAUGCUCAAGGUAUAGCAGAGCCUAUUGAAGUGACAAAACGACCUAAAUCGCUUGGGUUGGGUGCAGAACCCUCUGCAGAGCCUAUUGAACUGAUCAAACGACCUAAAUCACUUGGGUUGGGUGCAGCAAAAGCCUCUGAAAACAGAGGUAACCUGGCAAAGAAUGAAUCUAAAAAAUUUGCAUCAUUUGAGAACCAUACCAAGGGAUUUGGAUCAAAGAUGAUGACAAAGAUGGGUUUUGUGCAAGGUAUGGGCCUGGGUAAAGAUUCACAAGGCAUAGCCAAUCCAUUGGUUGCAGUCAGGUUCCCUAAAUCCCGAGGAUUGGGUUCCCGAGAUUAUUAGCCAUUUAUGUUAUUUAUUUGUAGAAGAAAACUAUUCUGAGUCAUUUUUAUAUAAUUUACCUUUAGUUUAACUGCUUUUGUGAUAUUUAUAAUAUUAAUUCCAAUGUUGCGCUUGAGAUUUA